GCAGCGUGUUCAGGGUUGUGUGUCGUCACGUGAGCUGAGGUACUGUUGUGCGUUGGUUUGUGGUCGUGACGGACGCUGGACUCACAUGGAACCAGUUCAUUCAGACAAUGGGGUUUCGGCAGCUGAAGAGAGACGUUGAGGCUCUUAUCGGUGAUUACAUCGGACAGAAACUCAGGGAGAAGUCAUUCGAUCCGAAGGGGAAGGGGACGUCCACCAUGCUGGACGACCUGGCUCACUAUGAUCUUGCGAUCAGUGUCGCCCUCUGGUGGUUGGACAAGGAAGAAGGAAGGGACGUGCUCCGCAGUGACGUCAUUGGAACAACACACAGCUCAGGAAGUUCCCAGUAUCCUAACCGCUGGGAGCGCGAGGCCAUGAUCCUGUCGUCGUUUGCUGGGAUUAUUAUGAGCAGUUUGCCUGUGGAGGAAAUCUUGGAUCUGUACAAGCGUAAACCAGCAGCGUUGUAUCCCAGCCAGAAGUCCAAGGGUUCGAUCGUCUGUCCCUUCCCUCUCUCCUACCAUCCCUUCGCCAUGCUGGGUUCCUACAAGGCAGUGAACCACUCCAAGAAGCACAACGAGAAGUUGAAAAGAUGGCUGUCUGAGAGGGCGAAGGCGAGCGCCACACCACGGCCGGUUUCAGCUCAGUCUUCAUCUUCCUCCUCGUCUCAGUCCUUCCUCAGUUAGUGAGGGACAUGAGAAGGGGGCUGGGCCCUAUGAGGGGUCACAGGAGUCCCUACAGGACUGAGCUCGCCCUCAGCAGCGCCUCCUGCAGUCUGGACAUCACAUUUCACCUCUGAGGGAAAAGACAGAGUUCUCUCCACUGUCCCGACUCUGAGUGUCUGAUUUACUCUGAAGUGACAAACUGGGAUUCAAACCCUCAAAUGCUAUUGUCCAGUUGUUUCUAUGCUGUGAUAAACAAUUUGCUGUGAUUGUGCUUUAUAACCUGAUAAAUGAUAAUGAUGUAAAAUGUCAUCUAUCUCUAUCUUGUGUUGGGUUCUGCUUGUUGUCCAGUGCCCCCCCCCCCCCCCCAGCUCCAGCCCGAGUUGUUU